AUGGCAAGAAAACUGCGACACAUGCUGAUAUUUCUUCUCAUCAUCCUGAAGGAGCCCGACAUGCCAGGAGGUAGCGGCAUCUGUCCACCAUCAUCGAUAAACAGCAUUCAGGUUGGUGCAUUUUCAAAUCUAUGCGAACUCUACCAUUUGAAUCUUAACUUCAACAAGAUAUCCAGCAUUCAAUUUGGCACAAUCUCAGAUCUACCCAACCUUAAAUGGUUGAACCUGAAAGGCAACCACAUAUCCAGCAUUCAGGUUGAUACAUUCUUAAAUCUCCCUGAGCUUUCUAAUAACCAGCACGACAUGGGAAGAAAGCUAAGCCACCUGCUGAUUUUUCUUCUCGUCAUCCUGAAGGAUCCCAACAUGCCAGGAGGAAGUGGCAUCUGUGAACCAUCAUCAUACGGCAUGUGUCAAAACCUGGGCCUCACCAGUAUCCCUCAGAACCUACCAUCAUCGAUAAGUGUUGGCUCAUUCACAAAUCUACCUUGCCUCGAAGUCUUAACCCUGAGUUCAAAUAAGCUAAGUCACAUCCUGCUUGGAACCUUCUACACCUAA